AUGUUGGUCAGAUUAAUUCUAAUUGCUUUCGCUAUCACCAAGUUUGUGUCGGGUAAAAGUGUGAUUGUUAGAGCCGUCGAAGAUGUGGGAAGAAAUAUAAGUACCAUAAGCAAUGAACAACCUCACUCAAUUGAGGAUGCAGUUCGCAAGUCAGACCAGGAGGAUGUCAUGCGCUCUAACAUCGGCAAUCUCUAUUCCUGUGGUGAGAAUAGUAAAGUUGGCUCCAAUGAGCCUUCUGAUGCAUUGAACAAACUAUUUGCCGAUUCAGAUAGUGUACCAAUGGUGUCUGCCGGUGGCAUGGUAACAAUAAAAAUUCAGUCUACUGAUAGUCAAAUUGAGCCGUAUAAAUGCAUGAUUGAUUCCACCGGCACUGGUUCUGGCGAUUGGUCAGACAUGGAAGUGGUCACAAAUGUCCCUGACAAAACGACUUCAAGCAAGGAAGCUUACAAUUCUCUCAAUGCCAAGAUUGCACCUGAUCAAAGAUGUACAGGCAGCGUUGCUGGUGUUAGUAAUGUAUGUAUAGUUCGGUGCAAUGAUGCUGUUCAAGCAGGGUCACAUGAGGGAUGUGUCCCUAUACAAAUGACAGUUGGCGGAAAUUCUACUUCUGUCAAUUCUUCGACAGCUCUUUAUGCCACCGGUCCUCCUGGAUCUCCUGGAUCCCCACCACCACCUCCACCUCCUGGAGCACCUGGAUCUCCACCACCACCUCCUCCUCCCGGAGCACCUGGAUCCCCACCACCGCCUCCACCACCUAGAGCACCUGGAUCUCCACCACCACCUCCUCCUCCCGGAGCACCUGGAUCCCCACCACCGCCUCCACCACCUAGAGCACCUGGAUCUCCACCACCACCUCCUCCUCCUGGAGCACCUGGAUCUCCACCACCACCUCCACCUCCCGGAGCACCUGGAUCCCCACCACCGCCUCCACCUCCUGGAGCACCUGGAUCUCCACCACCACCUCCACCUCCCGGAGCACCUGGAUCUCCACCACCACCUCCUCCUCCCGGAGCACCUGGAUCCCCACCACCACCUCCACCACCUGGAGCACCUGGAUCUCCACCACCACCUCCACCACCCGGAGCACCUGGAUCCCCACCACCACCUCCACCACCUGGAGCACCUGGAUCUCCACCACCACCUCCACCACCUGGAGCACCUGGAUCUCCACCGCCUAGCUAUUCCGAUCCAUCACCACCCCCUGGAUACUCCUCUCCCGACAAGGCAGAAGUUUAUCCCGAUGCUGCUGCACCUCCUAUGAAUUCUCGUGUAAUUCCUGCCGCUAUUCGCUCUAGAAAUCGCGCCGUCAACGCUAUCAGUGAAAAUAAUAGCAAAAAAGAAUCUUACAGUCUUGCGGAUGAUGAUAGCAACACUGGAAAUGUAGACGAAAUUGUUUCCAAAAAUUCAGUGAAAGAGCGCAAGCUUCGUCGAGACUUUGUAGCUUAA